UUUUCACAUUUAUUAUGACACCUAAUAAACAUAUAAGUACAAAAUCUUAAGGUAGUAAUUGUAACAAUAGAUUUUGCCUUUUUGUAACUCCCAACUCAUUCUGACACAAACAACAUCAUAUCUUAACCAAAACCAAAGCCUAAAACCAAAUUUACUAUUACUCAAAAAAUCAAAACCCCUCUUUAGUCUGUAAUAAGAUAGAAGGAGAGAUGCAGAGUUCUUGUGUCUACAGUGAAUGCAUGCGCAACCACGCGGCGAAGCUCGGCUCUUACGCCGUCGACGGCUGCCGCGAGUACUCUCAACCAGCCACCGGUGAUCUCUGCGCCGCCUGUGGCUGUCACCGGAGCUACCACCGUCGUAUCGACGUCAAAUCUUCUGGUCAAAUUACUCGCGCGCCGUUCCCGUUCACGAGCUUGAGGCGCGUGAAGCAGCUCGCGAGGUUGAAAUGGAGAGCGACGGAAGAGAGAGAAGAAGAGGAGGAAGAGGAGGACACGGAGGAGACUUCGACGGAAGAGAUGAUGACAGUGAAGCGGCGGAGGAAGUCGAAGUUCACGGCGGAGCAAAAGGAGGCGAUGAGAGAUUACGCGGUGAAGCUAGGAUGGACGUUGAAGGAUAAGAGAGCGAUUAGAGAAGAGAUAAGAGUCUUCUGCGAAGGGAUUGGUGUUUCUCGUUAUCUUUUUAAGACUUGGGUUAACAAUAACAAAAAGUUUUAUCACUAAUUAAUUAGACCCUUAAUUGAUACUAGACUUACUAGUAUAAUUUAGUUUCAUUUCAUUUUCACCCCUUGUGUCGUUCCUCUUGCCAAUCCUUAAUCUCUUAUUUUAAUGG